AUGUUUCUAUAUGCCGACCGGCUAGGUAUAAUCCUGUAUAUGGUCGGCAUCAUAUGUAUGGCCACAUCGGGAACAGCAUUACCCUUACUUGACCUGAUCUUCGGCCAAUUUGUCAACACCUUCAAUGACUUUGCCCAAGGCAACAUCACCAUUGGACACUUUCGCUCCGAGAUUGCACGAGCUAGUCUGUACCUCGUCUAUCUAGCAAUUGCAAAAUUGGUUGUGUUCUAUGUCGGAACAGUCACCAUCUCGUUUGCUGCAAUGCGAACAGUCAGAGCACUGCGCAUUGAUUGCAUCAACAAGACACUGAGGCAAGAAAUUGCUUUCUUUGAUAGUGCUAACACUGGCUCUACUGCUGUCAAAGUGACUACAAAUGCUAGUCUUGUACAACAGGGCAUCGCCGAGAAAUUCGGCCUGAUUGUCCAGGCCAUAAGUGCGUUAAUCACAGCAUUCAUUGUGGCUCUUGCGGUACAAUGGAAGCUAGCUCUAAUCACCAUCUGCAUUCUUCCCGCCAUCAUUAUCACGACUGGCAUUGGGGUUACUAUUGAUGCAUCGCAAGAGAACAAGUGUAUGCAGCACUAUGGUAAGGCAGGCUCACUUGCUACUGAAGUGUUCUCGAGCAUUCGAGUAGUCCACGCCUACUGGUCUCAGCCUAGGAUGAUCGAAAGACACAACAAGAUUCUGGACGAUGCAAAGCGACAAGGCAUGAGAAAGUCACUGAACUGGGGCUUGCUCUACGCCAACGAGUUCUUCUUUGUCUUCGCUGGUUAUGGCCUGGCCUUCUGGCAGGGUAUCCAAAUGUACGCCAGAGGCGAGAUCGAGGCUCCCGGUAAGAUCAUAACUGUGAUUUUUGCUGUUUUGGUGGCCGCGCAAUCUGUUACUCAAGUCGCUCCCCAGAUGCAAGUCAUUGCGAAGGCUGCAUCUAGUGCCGAGGAACUACUCGAAGUCAUCGACAGGAAGUCUCUCUUGGAUCCUCUGGAAAAUAAAGGAGAGCGUCCCCAAUCAAUCGAGGGAGAUAUAGAGCUUACGGACAUCAACUUUGCUUAUCCCUCUAGACCGGAUGUACGCGUUCUGGAUAACUUUACUCUAAAGGUUCCUGCAAAGAGCACUAUUGCUCUAGUCGGCGCCAGUGGAUCAGGCAAGUCGACUAUUGUAGGCUUGAUGGAGCGUUGGUACGAGCCAGAAUCAGGGACGAUUAAGAUUGAUGGACGAGAUGUCCGAGAUCUUGAUGUCCGCUGGCUCCGAACCCGUGUUCGAUUCGUCCAACAAGAGCCUGUGCUAUUCAACACCACCAUCUACGAGAACGUACGGCUUGGAUUGGUGGGUGCAGCUGAUCUCCCGGAGAAAGAGAUCGAAGCCAGGGUAGUAGAGGCAUGCCGGGAUGCGAAUGCAGAUGACUUCAUCAGGAACCUCCCAGAUGGUUAUCAAACUGUUGUCGGGGAACGAGCCAGUAUGCUUUCAGGCGGUCAGAAACAACGAAUCGCUAUCGCCCGAAGCAUCAUCUCUAAUCCUUCCAUUCUAUUAUUGGAUGAGGCGACAAGCGCUCUUGAUCCAGAAGCAGAGCAUCAGGUUCAAAUCGCGCUCGACAGACUUCAAGGUUCAAGGACGACUGUCGUCAUUGCUCAUAAACUCUCGACUGUCAAGAACGCCGAUAGGAUCGUUGUACUGGACAAAGGCGUUAUCAGAGAGCAAGGCACUCAUGCAGAGCUGCUGGGCCAGAAAGGUGCUUACUAUCGUCUUGUCAUGGCGCAGGACCUUGGAAACGAUAAGGACGACAAGGUCGAAAAGCAAGAAGCCGAUCAGUCGAUCGAGGUCACCCGUGCCCUGUCGCGGAAGGAGUCGAACGGCGUUGGCAAAGAGCUCGAAACGUCGACAGACCAAAAUCUCCGAUCUUUGAACUACAGCUUGUUGAAGUGCUUCGCAAUAUUCGUCAAAGAACGACGAGAUUGCUGGUCGAACUUGUUGAUCAUCGGAGUCGCUUGUGUCAUCGGUGGUCUGACUUAUCCUGCCAUUGCCAUCCUCAUCAGUAGAUUCAUUACCGCUUUCCAGCUUCAAGGCUCCGAGCUUACCGACCGGGGCAACUUUUACGCACUUAUGCUGUUCGUUGUAGCCAUCAUCAAUGGUGUGCUGUAUUUUGUCGCCGGCUAUGUUUCGAACGUUGUCUGUCAAGUCAUCUCGAGGCAAUAUCGCGAAGACAUGUUUACAAACAUCAUCUAUCAAGACAUGGAGUACUUCGACCAACCCGAAAAUGGCACCGGGGCAAUUGUUUCUCGUCUGUCUCAGGCCCCUGCCAACCUGCUCGAAUUCAUCGGACUAAACGCCGCUUUGCUUCUUAUCGUGUUGAUUCUGCUCGUAUCAUCAGCCGUCACUGCUAUCAUCUUCGGAUGGAAAUUGGCACUUGUCACAAUCGUCGCCAUCAUGGUACCAGUUGUUGGCCUGGGAUAUUUUCGUCUUCGAAUGGAAGUCCAGCUCGAAGAGGCUACAGAAAGGCUAUUCUCUGACAGUGCAGCGGUAGCUUCUGAAGCAGUAUCAGCUAUCAGGACAGUUGCUUCUCUGGCGUUGGAACAACAUAUCAUCGACAAGUAUCAAUCGCAACUUAGGAACAUCACUAAGAGGUCGAGUAAGAUGCUGCUCACAGCCAAUCUGUUCUUUGCUAUCGCCCAGGCUGUUGAAUUUGCUGGUAUGGCUUUAGCUCUGUGGUACGGCGGACGGUUGAUGUCACACGGUGAAUACAGCACGACAGAGUUCUUUACCGUAUUCAUUGCGGUCGUAUUUGCUGCUGAGGGAAGUGUUCAAAUGAUUGCCUACAGCACUUCGCUGUCCAAGGCGCGUGCUGGCGCAAAUGAGAUAUUGUGGCUCAGAACUCAAAAUCCACGUAUCGGCAGGCACGACCAAUGCCCUCCGCCACUUGUAAUCAACGAAGAGCACAAGGGGGCAGUCACCUACGAGCUGGAGAAAGUCGAGUUCGCUUACAGCACGCGUCCUGAUAACAAGAUCAUCAAGGGCAUGGAUAUCGAAAUUCACCAGGGUGAAUUCAUUGCAUUCGUUGGUGCAUCUGGAUGCGGCAAAUCAACAGUCGUCUCACUGCUGGAACGAUUCUACGAACCGUCUGCCGGAAGAGUCAUGCAUCACAAUAAGGAGCUCAACGCCUACUGUCCUCGAAAAUACAGGGACGGUAUUGCAUAUGUACAGCAAGAGCCAAGUCUUUUCAACACAAGCGUUCGAGACAAUAUCUUGCUCGGGACAGUUGACACUGCUACAGAAGCUGAAGUCGAAGCUGCCUGUCGCCAGGCAAACAUUUGGGAGUUUGUAUCGUCGCUACCUGAAGGUCUGGACACUGGUUGUGGAGCUGGAGGAACACGUCUGUCAGGUGGUCAGCGCCAGCGUGUGUCAAUUGCAAGAGCACUGAUUCGCCAGCCCGAGGUCUUACUACUUGACGAGGCCACCUCAGCGCUAGACACCGAGUCCGAGAAACUGGUUCAAGCUGCUAUCGCUCAGGCUUCGACAGGCCGCACGACUAUCGCUAUUGCUCAUCGUCUCUCGACGAUCAAGGAUGCGGACAAGAUCUUCGUGCUGAACCAAGGAACUGUGGUUGAGCAGGGCACUCACAGCGACCUGAUCAGACAGCAAGGCAUAUACUAUAAGCUAUGUCAGUCACAAUCGCUGUGA